AUGAAAGUUCAAACGUUAACUUUUGUCGCCUCUUCUGUUUCUGCCAUUACUCUAGUAGCCUGCUUGGUGUCGAUGUUUUCCAUAUAUUCAGAUGUGGCUCGUUUCUGGAUUGAACUUGAGGAGGAAAUUAGCACAUUUCGGGUGACGACUAACGACCUCUGGAAAGACAUCGUAAGCAUUGGCUCGAUUAAACGAGUUCGUAGAGAGCAGCAGGAAACUGAAGCCCCCUCAAACACUUCGGCCGAUGGACCACCUUCAAUACCUUAUGGUAAACCACCUUCAACACCUACAUUCGCACAACAGUCAGGUCCAAACGGCCCUGGUUCCCAGUGUGCCUGUAAAGCCGACAAUAAAUGCCCAUCCGGUCCACCAGGGGCAAAGGGAAUACCUGGCACUCCUGGUCCGGAUGGAUAUCCUGGGCUUGAUGGAAAGCCCGGAAUUGACUCUGAGGAUGUGGCUCCUCAACGUGAUACCGUCGGCUGUUUCUAUUGCCCCUUAGGACCACCAGGUCCUCCGGGUGCGCUAGGACGACCGGGACCACGAGGACUUGCUGGACCAAAAGGCCACAACGGCAAUCCUGGAAGGGAUGGAAUACCAGGACAUCCUGGAGAGCAAGGUCCAUCGGGUCCCACCGGCAAGAUUGGAGAACCAGGACCUCCAGGAGAAAAAGGAAGAGACGCCGAACACCCUGUCGGUCGCCCUGGACCAAAAGGACCGCGCGGAGAUCCAGGUCUACCUGGACCACAAGGACUUAAUGGACUGAACGGGCCGCCGGGUGAGCCGGGUCCCAUUGGACCACCGGGUCCAGUUGGAAACCCUGGCCCAAGGGGUUCAGAGGGCGAAAUCGGUGAGGAAGGUCCAGAAGGACGACCAGGUAAGGACGCCGAGUACUGUCCGUGUCCUGAUCGUGUUCACGAUAAUGAUGUUGCAAAAGGGUACAAAACGCUUUAA